CUUCUCUGCUUUUACAGCUCUCUUUCUGCAGAGCCCACGUGCAAGCUGAAGGCCAAGUUCAACCUGAGCGGCUACAAGGAUGUAGUGAAGAAGAAGGUUGUUGUCGGGGGGAUGUUUCCUGUUCACAAGCGCUUGGCUUCCAUCGAUGGCAACACGUCCAAGGUGCCGGUGUCCUCGGGGUGUGAGGGGUUUAACCUCCGUACCUUCCGCUGGACCCAGACCAUGCUGUUCGCCAUCGACGAGAUCAACCAGGCGCCGGACCUGCUGCCCAACACCGACCUGGGCUACGUCAUCUACGACUCCUGCUUCACCAUCUCCAAGGCGGUGGAGGGCACCCUCACCUACCUGACGGGCCAAGACGAGGCCGUGCCCAACUACCGCUGCGGGACGGGGGCGCCUCUGGCUGCUCUGGUGGGCGCCGGGGGCUCCGAUCUGUCCAUCGCCACGGCGAGGAUACUUGGACUUUAUCACUUCCCGCAGGUCAGCUAUUCGUCCACUUGCUCCGCCCUGGAAAGCAAGUUCCAGUUUCCCACCUUCCUCCGGACCAUUCCCAACGACAUCCACCAGUCCGCGGCCAUGGCCCGGCUGGUGCUACACUUCGGCUGGACUUGGGUGGGCACCAUAGUCGCGGACGAUGACUACGGCAAGUACGGCAUCAAAGACUUCAAGGAGCAGGUUGAGGAAGCCGGUGUCUGCAUCUCCUUCUCUGAGACCUUGCCCAAGGUGAGUUCACACGAGGACAUCCAGCGCAUCGCUAAAACUGUAGCGGAGGCCACGGCCAAGAUCGUUGUGGUCUUCUCGUCAGACGUGGACCUCAGUCCUCUCGUCCUGGAGCUGCUCCGGCACAACGUGACCGACCGCACCUGGAUCGCCAGCGAGGCCUGGGUCACCUCCGCCCUCAUCAACCAGCCGGCGGUGAACUCGGUGCUUGGCGGUACCCUGGGGUUUGGGGUUAAAAGGGCGGACAUUCCGGGUCUUCAGCGCCAUCUACUGGACGUGGACCCCUACACCAACGGGCUCACAGAGGAAUUGUGGGAGAUGUUGUUUAACUGCACAUUGGACUCUAGCAAAGCGGCGGCGCUGACCAAGCAGAGGGCCAUGGGGGCUAACGGCACGCUGUCCAGGUCCGCGCGGGCGGCUCCGGACGGGCUGUGUACGGGCAGCGAGUCUCUGGCACUUCUCCGUAACACCUACUCUGAUGUUUCCCAGCUACGAAUCACUUACAGUGUGUACAAAGCUGUGUACGCUGUGGCCCACGCUUUGCACAACCUGGAGCACUGCGUCGAGGGACAGGGUCCAUUCGUGGGGAAGAGCUGUGCUGACAUCACCAAGUUUGAGCCGUGGCAGCUGAUGUACUACGUGAAGAACGUGCGCUUCAAAGUGCCGCACACGGACGAAGAGAUCUACUUCGAGGAAGGAGAUGUGGAGGGCUUCUAUGACAUCAUCAACUGGCAGGUCAACGGUAACGGGGAGAUGUCUUACGUCACCGUGGGAAGCUACAAUGGCUCAGCAGCUCCGGAGGACAGGAUGAAGAUCGUGAAUGACUCCAUCGUGUGGAACAAUGAGGAGCUGGAGACUCCUCGGUCAGUGUGCAGUGAGAACUGCCAGCCGGGCACCAGGAAGGGAAUCCGACAGGGAGAGCCAGUCUGCUGCUUUGACUGCAUCCCGUGUGCUGAUGGAGAGAUCAGCAACUCAACCAAUGCUCGUGCGUGCAUCCUGUGCAGUUAUGACGAGUGGUCCAAUGAAGCUCACGACGCCUGCGUAUCAAAGAUCAUUGAGUUCCUCGCCUUCGGAGAGCCGCUGGGGAUCACUCUCAUCGCCAUCUCCGCCUUCGGGGCUCUGGCCACCAUCGGUGUCGGGGUGGUGUUUGUUGCUCACAUCGGCACCCCUCUGGUGAAGGCCAAUGAUGCUCUGUUGAGUUUCUCCCUGCUCUUCUCGCUGGUGGUGACCUUCCUCUGCUCCAUCGUCUUCCUCGGCAAACCUCAGCCCUGGAGCUGCAUGACCAGUCAGGUGGCCCUGGCUCUGGGCUUCGCCCUCUGCCUCUCUUCCAUUAUGGGUAAGACAGUGGUGCUGAUGCUGAGAGCCCGGGCCCUGAAAGCGGAACGGAUCAGAGCCAAAGCGGCUGCCAAAGCCGCCAAGUUGGCCGCAGCCGAAGCCGCCCAAGCAGCAGCCGACGGCGGCAGUCCUGACGUCAUCGCUACCUUUCACCACGCUGAGGCCAAAGCCGGCGCGGACUCUGAAGUUGACAGUCUCACCUGUGGCCACCAGAGGGCGAUAGCUGCUGUGGCAACUUUGAUACAGGCUGUGGCUUGCACGGUGUGGCUCAUCAUCAUCCCGCCACACCCCGUCGAAAACACCUCCACCCAGAACAUAAAGAUCAUCCUGGAGUGCGACGAAGGCUCUGUGGUAUUCAUCUGUUGCAUCUUUGCUUAUGACAUCCUGCUGGCUCUGCUGGCCUUCGUCUUUGCAUUCAUAGCCCGCAAGCUGGAGGACCACUUCAGUGAGGCCAAGUGCGUGACCUUCGGCAUGCUCGUCUUCUUCAUCGUGUGGAUCUCCUUCGUGCCGGCGUACCUCAGCACCCGUGGGAAGUUCAUGGUGGCUGUCCAGAUCUUCGCCAUCUUGGCCUCCAGCUUCGGCCUGCUGACCUGCAUUUUCUUGCCCAAGUGUUACGUUCUUUUGGUCAAACCUGAGCGUAACAGGGAGGAGAUGAUGAGGCCCCGCAGCAAAGCACGCGACGGCACCUCAACCGGGACCUCGGCCUCACUCGCCACCACCGCCACGGAGGUCCACGCUACCACUGCAUCGACUAAUAUCGAUGAUUAGUGGCAUCGAGCAUCAAACAUACUUCCCUGGUUCAUUGGGGAAGUGGUCGGUCAUCAUGUUUGUCCAUAAUGAACAGAAUAUGAUUUAUUUUAUGACUGUAUACUUUACAUGGUUGUUCAAACCAAAGCGUUAGAUGGGAUGUAGUAGAUCUGAUUUCAAGAAGCGAGAACCAUGAGGAAGGAAAAAUGCUCUCUCAGCGAUUGCUUAACAUCUAAAAGAAGAGGAUUUUUAACAGUACUGCUGUACUGAAGCAAAUGUCAAACUCAGCAUCUUUUUAACACAUACUAUAAUAUUGACUUUACUUCCCUUUCCAUGGUGUCUUUGAGUCAUGCUAAAAUAGAGUCUUACUAUAAAAAAGCUGUUUCACAUAUGUAAGUUCACAAUAAAGUCAAUAUUUUAUGUUAGAUAUUGUAGCACUGCACUAAUAUUUGAAACAAGUUUGACAAAUUCUAAUAAACACGAUUUAGUUGACGUUCAAAUAUUUGCAUAACUAGCUAGAAUAAUAUGUGAUACGAGCUAGUGUAACUUUCUUGAAAUAAUAUUAAUAUAAUAUUUAAUAUAUUAAAUAAUAUAUAUUAGACAUUAUUUUAUCCCCCUAUAAUGUGUUUUUCUUGUAGUAGGUUUUAUGCUCAUUUUUAGACACUACUGUUACUGACGGUCAAACAUUUUUAAUGAUUUGGUUAAUAAAUUACUGUGAAAGGUAUAACUGUCAAGUCUGAAGUGUAGUUCAUUGAUAGAUUGAUGGUGAUGAAUACAGAAUAAAUGACUUUGGAGGAAUUAUUUAUUACAAUAACAGAAUUUAUACUCAUGGUUUUGUUAUUUGUUAUUUUUCUGAUUAGCAUUUUGCAUACAGGGGAGACAUCUGAUAUUGAGACUUCCAACUUUUCUGCUGUUUCCCACAGAGCUCAGAUGAGGAUAUGAGAGGAAAUACUAGCUCCACGAAACUUUGAAGUUUUUACAUACUAUUUAGUUGGAAAGAAAUGAAUGCUGGGAUACGGGUGACAGAUGACUCAGUGUUAAAAGAUUAGAAGAGAGGAAAACAGACUCAACUUGAAAAAAAGCUAUAUUUUAAUGACCAACAUUAUUAACAGAGAGAAUCUGUGGGUGUGUCAACUGUCUCAUACGUUAUGGGAAACUUUGUUAACCGCACAUUGCAAUAGACAAUGAAUAAAUAUCUUGUUUGUUUCACACAUCACGCAUAAUAUUUUCA